AUGGAAGGAUGGAGCUGCCUCGUGACCGGAGGAGGAGGAUUUCUGGGCCAGAGGGUCGUCCGCUUAUUGGUGGAGGAGAAGGAUCUGCAGGAAAUCCGGGUGCUGGACAAAGUCUUCAGACCAGAAGUUCGGGAGGAAUUUUCUAAGCUCCAGAGCAAGAUCAAGCUGACCCUGCUGGAAGGAGACAUUCUGGAUGAGCAGUGCCUGAAAGGGGCCUGCCAGGGCAUCUCGGCGGUCAUCCACACUGCCUCUGUCAUCGAUGUCAGGGAUGCUGUCCCGCGAGAGACCAUCAUGAAUGUCAAUGUGAAAGGUACCCAGCUGCUGUUGGAGGCCUGUGUCCAGGCCAGCGUGCCGGUCUUUAUCCACACCAGCACCAUAGAGGUGGCUGGGCCCAACUCCUACAGGGAGAUCAUCCAAGAUGGCCACGAAGAAGAGCAUCAUGAAUCGGUAUGGUCCUCCCCAUACCCAUACAGCAAGAAGCUUGCCGAGAAGGCAGUGCUUGGAGCUAAUGGGUGGGCUCUGAAAAAUGGUGGCACCUUGUACACAUGUGCCUUGAGGCCCAUGUACAUCUACGGGGAGGGGAGCGCAUUCCUUUCUGCCUACAUGCACGGAGCCUUGAAGAACAAUGGCAUCCUGACCAAUCACUGCAGGUUCUCCAGAGUCAACCCAGUCUAUGUUGGCAAUGUGGCCUGGGCCCACAUUCUGGCCUUGAGGGCCCUGCGGGACCCCAAAAAGGUCCCGAACAUCCAAGGACAGUUCUACUACAUCUCAGAUGACACGCCUCACCAAAGCUACGAUGACCUCAAUUACACUUUGAGCAAAGAAUGGGGCUUCUGCCUGGAUUCCCGGAUGAGCCUUCCUAUUUCUCUGCAGUACUGGCUUGCCUUCCUGCUGGAAAUAGUGAGCUUCCUGCUCAGUCCAAUUUACAAAUAUAACCCCUGCUUCAACCGCCACCUAGUGACUCUUUCAAACAGCGUGUUCACCUUCUCCUAUAAGAAAGCUCAGCGAGAUCUGGGAUAUGAGCCCCUCUACACUUGGGAAGAAGCCAAACAGAAAACCAAGGAGUGGAUUGGCUCCCUAGUGAAACAGUACAAGGAGACCCUGAAAACAAAGAUUCACUGA